AUGUUUAGAAAUUCAUUAUUAUUAUUAUUUGGAACUGCCAUUUAUUUGUUAGCAUUAUCACCAAUAGCUAUAGAGGCUCAAAGACCUGGUUACCCUCCAGUAGAUACGCCGCCGCCACCUGUCGCAGCUUGGACUGCUCUUGUUGACUCUUCUAAAGUUCCAAAUGCUCCUGUCAGAAAAGUAGGCGAUCCUUGUGAUCCUAAAGAUCCAUUUUGUUAUUGGUCAUGUACUAAUUGUGUAAAAAAUGAGACUGAUGUUAAAAUUUGUCCUCAAAAAGGAGAUUGGGGUAUUACAUAUGAUGAUGGUCCUUCACCAUUUACACCAACAAUUUUAGACUAUCUUGGGUCGAAGGGUUUGAAAGCAACAUUUUUUGUUAUUGGUUCCAGAGCUACAAAUCAUCCGGAUGUUUUAUUGCGAGCAUCUAAAGAAGUAAUCAUAGCUGAAUUAAAAUGGACCGAAAAAAUCAUCAAAGAAAUAACCGGACUUACUCCCAAAUAUAUGAGACCGCCAAGAGGUGAUUAUGAUGAUCGUGUAAGGAAUAUAGCAAAACAGUUGGGUUAUAAGUCUGUCAUAUGGGAUCACGAUACCUUUGAUUGGAUGUCUCAACAAGAUCCAACUUACGAUUUAAAUUGGAAUGAUCAAGCCAUAAGUUGUACUUCAUGUGCAUCCAGAUCAUCUCCAGUAGGAUUAAGCACUAGGUUUGUAAGAAUAACUGGAGGUGUUGUGGAAGUAAAUAACUUAUUAAUUCUUUGCCCUUCAACACAAAAUAAUAACAAAACGCAAGAUUAUAAAUAUUCAACAAUAAUGGGAAAAAACUAUUAUCAAAUUUUAGAAGUUGAUAAGAACGCUGACGAAGAAGCUAUUAAAAAAGCCUAUAAAAAAUUAGCUCUUAAAUGGCAUCCAGACAGACAUCAAAGUAAUAAAGAACAAGCAGAAAAAAAGUUCAAGGAAAUCAGCGAAGCUUAUGAAGUAUUAAGAUUUCCAGGUGGAUUUCCAGGUAGUUUUCCAGGUAGUUUCCCAGGUGGAUUUCCAGGUGGAUUUCCAGGCGGUAGAACAUCAUAUACAACAUUCACUUCGGGAUCUGACGGAUUUAAUGGAUUUAAACCAUCCGAUCCAAAUCAUAUUUUUAGUCAAUUCUUUCAGUCUUCAUUCGGUAAUGAUUUUGCAGGAUUUGGACCUGAAUUUGAUGUAGGUGGCUCAAGACCUGAUGGUAAUAAAAGAUCACAUGGCAAUGGUACAGGAACAUUAGAAGUUAAACAUACAUUAUCAUUAACACUCGAAGAAAUAUAUAAAGGUACUGCUAAAAAACUCAAAGUCUCUCGAAAAACAAUUGUCGGCGCAACUGGUAAACAAACACUUACUGACAAAAUUUUGGAAAUGAAUGUAAGACCUGGUUUGAAAGCCGGUACAAAAUUCAGGUUUCCCAAAUCAGGUGAUGAAUUACCAACUGGUGAAACACAAGAUAUUGUUGUAAUUUUAGAAGAAAAACCUCAUCCGCUAUUCACAAGAAAUGGUGACAAUUUACUAAUAACAGUCACUUUAACUUUACUUGAGGCUCUUACCGGUUUUAAGAAAACCAUAAAUACCUUAGAUAAUAGAAAUUUGGCGAUAUCUAAUUAUAACGCUGUUAUAAGACCUGGUUAUGAACAAAUUUUUGCAAAUGAAGGUAUGCCAACAAAAGAACAGACUAAAAAAGGUGAUUUAGUAAUAAAAUAUGAUGUUAAAUUUCCUACUAAAUUAACUGAUCAUCAAAAACAAGAACUUGCAAGGAUUUUACAUAAUUAG